UAAGCGAUCGCCGCGAAACUACAGGCUCAUAUAAUCCUUAUUCUUCGAUAGAACUGAAUCCAAGUUGUCUACUAAAAGUGAAUGAGAAAUUAAUUGUCUCUUAAAAUGCCUAAUAUUAUAAAUGAUAUUAAAUUAGAUUUUAAAGAUGUUUUAUUACGUCCAAAAAGAAGUACGUUAAAAAGUAGAUCCGAUGUCGAUUUAUUUACGGAAAUCACAUUUCGUAAUUCAAAACAAAUUUACAAUGGAAUACCAAUAAUUGCUUCAAAUAUGGAUACAGUAGGAACAUUUGAAAUGGCUAAAGCUUUAGCAAAGUAUGGCCUCUUUACUACUAUUCAUAAAUAUUAUUCAGUAGAAGAAUGGACAAAUUUUGCUGCUGAAAAUCCUAAAGAUCUUAAAUAUGUAGCUGCUAGUUCUGGUACAGGAAAGGAAGACUUUGAACGGUUGUCAAAUGUUCUAACAUCUGUACCAGAAUUAUCUUUUAUCUGUUUAGAUGUUGCUAAUGGUUAUUCUCAACAUUUUGUUGAAUAUGUUAGAAAAGUAAGAGCAGAGUUUCCUAAUCAUACAAUUAUUGCAGGAAAUGUAGUUACUGGUGAAAUGGUAGAAGAAUUAAUAUUAUCUGGAGCAGAUAUAAUAAAAGUUGGAAUUGGUCCUGGAUCUGUAUGCACUACACGAAUGAAAACUGGUGUAGGAUAUCCACAAUUAAGUGCUGUAAUUGAAUGUGCAGAUGCAGCUCAUGGUUUAAAAGGACACAUUAUUUCUGAUGGUGGUUGUACUUGUCCAGGUGAUAUAGCAAAAGCUUUUGGUGCUGGAGCAGAUUUUGUAAUGGCAGGUGGUAUGUUUGCUGGUCAUGAGGAAUGUGGAGGUGAUACUAUAGAAAAAAAUGGAAAAAAAUAUAAGCUUUUUUAUGGCAUGGCUUCAAAUACAGCAAUGAACAAGCAUGCUGGUGUUGCUGAAUAUAGAUCAUCAGAAGGCAAAACUGUGGAAGUGCCUUACAAAGGUCCAGUAGAAAGUACUGUAUUGGAUAUAUUAGGUGGUUUACGAUCAGCAUGCACUUAUACAGGAGCUGAACGAUUACGUGAACUACCACGACGUGCUACUUUUAUACGUUGUACACAACAGUUAAAUCCAAUGUAUGGUCCACCACCAGAAAUCUGAAGUUAUUCAAAUUAAUUUAUUGUAGUACACAUUUAGGAUAAUGUUAUUAUUGAGUCAAUUAACAAAUUGCUAUUAUUUGCUGGCAAAUAAUGUUUAUAUAAAAAUUCAAAAGCUUCAACUAAUGUAAGUGUACAUACAUUUUAAUGGCAAUUUUAAAUUGCAUUGAAUUGAAUGAAUUUGAAAGAUAUAACGCUUAA